AUGGCCACUCGCCAGCCCUCGGACCCUCUGCAGGUCCCCCCUGGCUCUAUCUUGCUAGUCGUCCAUGACUUUAUUGCUCGUAGCCCCGACGAGCUCAGCCUGGCCAAGGGCGACCGCAUCGAGCUCAUCGAGCGGGACGAUGAUUUUGGCGAUGGCUGGUUCCUCGGUCGCCAUAUGAACAAUAGUGCCACUGGCCUGUUUCCUGAAGUCUACACUACCCCCGCCCCCAGAGGCACUCUGCUGUCCACCCAACAACCCCCAGCACGUCGCAACGAUGCCUCCCAACUCAACAGGCCUCAAACUGCCGCUUCGUCCAUCUCAUCGCAGUCGUCCAACCCUUUUCCGGCUCAACGCUCAUCGCAGCACAACUCGGUCAUGCACGAAACCCUUAGUGUCAUCGACGAGCACAUCACGGAUAUGCGCACUCCACGCGAGAACCCCUUGACCAAUAUCCACAGCCAUGAUACCGAGAGCAUUUACAGUUCGCACGCACCCAACCGUCUGUCCUAUAUCAACGGUCACGAAACCGACGACGAGGAGAAUCAGCUGCAUACCGAGGCUGAAAUCAUGCUGUGGUCACCAGUGCGUGUCGCCGAGUACCUCGAAGAUCACGGCGUCGAAAGGUCGCACUGCGACACAUUCCGUGAACAGGAGAUAUCUGGCGAAGUCCUUUUGACCAUGGAGCAGUCGGCCAUCUUUAUCAAAGAGUUCGAACUUGGUUCCGUGGGACGGCGUUUGAAGACGUGGCAGAAGGUCAAGGCUCUUCAAGAUGAAGUCCGCCAAAGCUCGACUAACGCGCCUAGGAGCGUGUCAGAAUAUUCGGCUGCUGGCGACGACGCGCAGAGUGAGAAUGGAAGACGACGGAGCCAGAGCGUGACGGCCUCGCCGUACAGACCCAUUAGCAGCAUGGGAACCCCGUCCAUGACCUUCACUCGACCAGACACAACCCAACGUCCCUCAGCUGCUUCGAUCCGCAAUCUUGGUCACUCUCGCAGGCACUCAUCUAUGGGCUCAAUUGACAGUAUGAAUCGUUACUCGCACCAGAGACAGUCUUCAAUAGGCACCACUUCGGGGGCACCUGCCACUACCCGCCGUCUGUCCAUUGCUCAUGAACCGCCAACUGACCUUAGCAUCACCACUUCGCAGGUUGAUGGUGGUGUGGGUGACUAUGGAUUUGGGACGCUCUCGUCACCUAUAGAUGCGGACAGAGGCUACUUCUCUGGAAAUGAAGUCGAUGCACGCAACAAGCGCAAUGUCUUGCAAAAGAAGGCAACGUCGGCUCACACCAGGAACUUAAGUGCCGCAACCGACUCCGCUAGACACAGUGCCUCGUACAGAAACUUUCCCAGGAUGUCUAGCGCGGAUUCAAUGCGCGAUCCUGCUUCUCCCAUAAUGUCUCCCGCCUCCAGUCACUUUUCUUUCAACAAGCCCUCUGCCAGUCGCGCCGUUAGCAGCCCGCAUUCUGCAGCCCAUUCCCUGAUCUCCAAUCAGCCACCCAUAUCGCCUAUCGUCACUCGUCUAGACCAAACUUUGGUCGACAGUGAGUCUUCGUCACUGAAUCCUUCGCCAUCUCCGGCUUCUAAUACUCGAUCCUUCUUUUCCAAGCCUCGUAUUGGUGGCGGUCUUCGUAUAGCCUCCGAUGCCGUGACACAGAACGAAAAGAAGCAGAGUGCCUUGAAGCAUGAGCCUCUCGCUUCUCCUGCACGUACCGGCUCCACUACUCCUUCCACCGAAACUCGUUCAUUUGACUUGCAAAAGUCGGACAAUCAAUCUCGAGUAUCAACUGGCUCCUCUGGCGCGCUUGCUCCCCCUCCUGCUUCAACGCGUGCCAGACCGAAGGCAAAAAGCAAGAAGUCAACAUCUGCGUACACUCGUGGUCUCGAGAAGAAACCGCCUGCGCAACAGAUCGCCGACUGUGACUACAGCGGCUGGAUGAAGAAAAAGUCUUCGAGUCUGGUAGGUUCGUGGAAGCCUCGCCUAUUUGUGCUACGUGGACGCAGACUAUCCUACUACUACUCCGAGAACGACACUGAAGAGAAGGGUCUUAUAGACAUAUCCUCACAUCGCGUAUUACCGGCAGAGAAUGAGAAGAUGACCGGAUUGCACGCUGCAUUGACAGGAGCCGGAUCAUCUCCCAUGGUACCUCAAGGCACUGCAGCACCCACUGCCGACGGACAAGGGCUCUUUAUCUUUAAGCUGGUGCCUCCACGCCAGGGUCUUAGUAAAGCUGUGAACUUUACCAAACCUACUGUACACUAUUUUGCCGUGAACAGCAGGCAAGAAGGUCGACUGUGGAUGGCCGCGCUCAUGAAAGCCACCAUUGACUACGAUGCUUCGAACGGCAAAGUCACGACAAGCUACAGCCAGAAUACAAUAUCUCUCUCCAAGGCACGUGCAAGGAAUGAGCGCCCACCAGCCCUACAAGACACCGCCACCACACCCAAGGUCGUUCACGAAUUGGAAGCCUCAUCUAGGCCAAAGUCUAGCGGGUUGGGCAUUGCUGGCCUUGAUGAAGCUCAGCCAGGAGCAGAGCGCAGUGGCAGCCUGAACGACUCAACGCAAAGUGCUAGCGCAACAUGA